AUGGCGCAAUUAGAACAAAUCGUUUUGUUUUACGAGUUAGACGCUGUGACUCUUGUGUGGUACAGUUUUGAAGGUUCACAAUGGGAAACCGAGGAGGAUACACCUCUCCCUCUUCAUAUAGGGGACAAGAAAGAAGUUAUCGAGGAUAUCAGCGAGGAUGGUAUCAGCAACAUACAGCCCGUGGGGCACCGACCCGAGGGCGUUCCUUCGGCGGGCAGCAAUACAAAGGAACAGCAGGACAAAAAAAUUGAGAAGAGUUACACAUCAAUUGAGGAGAUUAAAGCCCAAAACGUGACUAUUCAAUCUACGGUCACUUUCUUGUCACAGAAUUACGAUGCGCUACAGGAUAGAAUCAAUCAAUUGGAGACACAACUUGUGACAGAAAGAGAAACUAAUUUGUUGCAUCUACAAAAAUUGGAAGACAAUCUUGAAAAAAUGGAGCGAGGAGCUAUGUCUACAUGUGUGGAAAUAAGAAAUAUACCAGUUAAACUUCAGGAGUCCAAGGAAUCUCUUGCUGCAAUGGUUACCAGGAUUGGUUCCCUCAUAAAUGUACCGGUGCAGGUUCAUGACGUGAGAGAUAUCUUCCGCACUCGCUUAAAGGAUGUUGAUAGCAGGUCUAUAAUAGUGGAAUUUACCACUAAUGUACUUAAAGAGAAAUUUAUUUAUAUGCAAAGGAAAUUUAAUAAGGCAAACAAACUCUCUACCGAGCACCUGAGACUUGGUGGGCCGGCUAAACCAGUGUUUGUAUCAGGAAAUCUAACACCAAAAAUGAAAAGGCUAUUCUUCCUUGCCAGAGACUUUGCAAGUAGUAAUCAAUACCGGUACUGCUGGGUUACGAAUGGCAAAAUAUAUCUACGUGAAAAACAAGGAGCUCCGCACAUUAUGAUUAAGUCUGAGUCUGACUUGCCCAAAAAGUGA